AAAACAUACUGGUGGCACUGGUUACAGAAGAAUUGCUAAACUGGUGAAGGGUCCACUGUUGGGGCCAUGACCAUGAAGUGGGAAAAACCCCAUUUCAUCACAAUCAGGCCACGACCAGCUGCUCCCUGCAAGAUUUCAGACAGAAGAGUGAAAAGAAUCAGCAGAAGAGUUGUCCCAGAGCCACUUGUAGAAAGUAACAGGAAGAAAUGCUUUCACCACCAUGGUCUGUACGCAUGCUCACCAUGUAAGACCGGUGAAGAAAAAGCAUUUGUCACAGGCCUGGUGAGUGCUGUGUGGGUUUUCCAUGUUUUGGCCACCCCUGGGCAGAGUUUACAUCAGCCUGGUCUCAUCAAUCUUGCGACUCGUCUUGUGUUCCUUGUGCUCCUAGUAUCUCCUCAGAUCUGUCAUACUCACUGCUUGCAGUUUGCCUGUUCCUCACCUGAAUGCUGGCCUCACUGGAGAUUCUGUGCACUGUCUGUGAUUUUGGACGCACUCAGCUCACCUGCCUGCCCUCCAGUCACCUCUGCCUUGGACUGCCAAACAUCUCAGGUUGUACACAGAGACCACCGCUCGAGUUACCUGCACCCUGAGCAUUCCCGUCCACUUUCACAGACUGGCUUCCGGGCCCACCUUGACAAUACGAAUUGUCCAAAAGCAGAAUGGAUUCUGCGGAUCAGUGAUGGCAAAACAACAAACCUGUUAGGUCCCAUGAACAAUCCAUCCAGUUUUUGAUAACUCAGUAUAAAGCUAUUAGUGACAGGCAAGAGAAGAUUCUUGCAUCUCUUCAAGGACCGCAACCGGCUUGGUACCUGCUCCUUCCGAGCCUGCUCUGUUUUCUGCCCCCAAAAGCUCCACAACCCCAGAUGUCAUUUCUAGUGAGCCCCAGGAAGCUCUGUUGUUUCAUGAUGCUUCAACCCCAGACCCUGAGCUGUUCACUGGGGAGCAAGGUCACUGCGGAGGGUUCUUACUACAGUGCUCCCCACGCUCUUUCCCUAAUCACCCCUAAUUGGGAGAUUGAGGGGUAAGGCUUUGAGUUAGGCUGAAGCAUAUUUGUCCUCCUGAUCAGUACAGUCCUGCUCCUAUGAUGAGUCUCUCUCUCUCUCGCUCGCUCUCUCUCUCGCUCGUUCUCCCUUCGCAACGAUAAUCACUUCAAGAAGAGAGGCUGAAAGCAGCUACAGAUCCCACAGACCACCCUGCAGUUCUCUUGCAGUUUCUGCUCCCACGUCUUCAGCUCCAGUAUCAACAUCCGCUCAUGUCACUGCAUCUUCCUCUGUACAGGCUGCUACUGAGCCUAUGGAGAUUGGACCAUUUCCUUGCUGUCUGUCCCAAAAGGCUCCGCCCACCAUCCAGGACAUCACCCGAUCCCACUCAGCCAUCCCCUCCCGAGACACUCUCCAACGGUCUGCGAAGUACGUCUCAUCAGAUAGUUUAAUCUGUCCUCGGUCCGCAGAUAAUCUUUCUCUCCCUGUAUUUCAGAGCUCCCCACUCGAGUUACCCCAGUGUAGUUAGCACCUGUGAUAUUCCACGAGCUAACUCCACCUGUGCUCUUGUAAAUAAAGUCAGUGUUAGCAUCAUUCCUAUUGGUUCUGCAUGUUUAGGUCCACGUUCACGUACUGGCCUUGACAGCAUGCUGAAGUGCAUUUAAAGUUUGCUGAACAGCAUUUAGACAAGCCUGGAAAAUACUGGUCAAUCCAAAUGUAAACUCUUUGGAUGCCAUAAUAAACACCAUAUUUGGAGAGCAAAAGAUAAAACACCAUACCAACAGUGAAGUUUGGCGGCAGGAAGCUGUCAUCACUAACAAAUGCCUCUGUACAAAGUAUUAAAUACAUUUCAGUAAAAGUA